UUUCAAUUUCGAUCGGUGUCCAAUGCAUACAAGUCCGGCUCGAUGAUGGAUGCAUCAAAGUUAUCCGCCGGAAUUCUUAGCUGCAUGUUUCUGUGCGCCAAAUGGACUGGAUUGAUCUGCUUCCGCUUUAGAAACCUGGAGAAUAAUGUCAAGGUCUUGGAGGAAAGUUGGAGCAAUCGUCCCAGGUGGAAGUGUUACAUGGUUAUUUUGCGACUCGUGCCUCUUUGCAUAUAUGUUUACACUCUCGCUGGGUUUAUAUCAAGCAGAAAAGUAUUAAUUGAACAAAUUCUGCAAGCAACUCGCCUUGUUUUUUUGGUUCCCUGCUACACGUCGAUGAUCUACUUGAAUGUUUUCCAUGGUUCAAAGGUGUCCAAGUUAGUUAAUCGAUAUUUGGACAUCUUUCGACAGGUAAACCCGAAGGCUAAUCGGAUAUCAGUGUCAAUUGGAGGCGGACGAGCGCUUUUGCUGAUCCUUCUUUCGGUUGGUUGUCAAAUUCAGGAAAUAGUCUUCCUGUUUGGAAUAAUUCAAUGGGCUUUCAGCUUAGAAAAUAUCAUCGUGUUAGCCAGUCACACAUAUGUUAUUAUUGCCAGCAAUACGUUUAUGCGUAUAAGUUUUAUUUGGUAUCUUAGCUUGGGUGUUCUUUGUGCCAACUUAUGUGAAAAUCUUCAAAUCGAGUGCUUAAAAAAUAAUCAACGGUAUCAAAAUUCACGUCACCAGAUAAAUAAAACCCAAAGAUUGAAGAGAACUAUGUCGCUUUGUGGGGAUAUUACUUAUGUGGUCACUUCCUUGCAGGACAUUUCCAGUGUUCAUCUAUUUCUGAGCGGUGUUCAAAGUCUUUUUCAAAUAGUAGUGAUCUCUUUCAAAAUGAUAAAUGAUUUGCAGUUCUCUGAGAUUAAACUAUGGCUCUUUUUUGUUAAAAUUAUGAUCGAUUUGCUUAUUUGUAGUUUGGCCACUCAAAACGUAGCCAAUCAAUUUAGAUCUAUUCGAGAACUUACUUUGGAUAUUUUCUUAGUCGGCGAGUCAAAAGAUUGGAUUAAAACGGUGGAAAUUUUUGUGACCCAUCUAAACCUAAACGAGUUUAGGGUUCGUCUCCUGGGACUUUUUGAUUUCUCCAACAAACAGUUUCUUGUCAUUGUAUCUGGAAUGGUUAGCUAUUUGGUUUUUAUAGUACAAUGUGUAAUCCAGUUUCGCAAAAACUAG